GUGACCAACGCCGAGUGGUCACUGCUGCUGCGCGGGGUGGGUUUGUUGGACAUGUCGCAGAAGCCCGCCAACCCGGACCCGGACUGGCUCACAGAGAAGCAGUGGGAGCUCGUCUACGGCGUCCAGUGCACCAGCAGCGACCGCUGCGCAGACCUGUGCGAGCACAUCAACCACUACCUGGACGACUGGAAGGACUGGGCGAGCGGCGACGACCCCGAGAAGACGCCGCUCCCCCUGGGCUACGACGAGCUCAACGAGCUCCACUACAUGCAGGUGCUCCUCCUCCUGAAGGCCUGCGCGCCGGAGAAGCUGAUGUUCGGGCUGCAGGAACACGUCAAGCGGUCGCUCGGGGAGCAGUUCAUCAUCUUCCCGUCGUCCACCGUGCAGCAACUGUACGAAGACUCCACGAAGAGCACCCCGAUCGUGUUCGUGCUCUCCCCGGGGGCGGACCCCACGAGCAUGCUGUUCCGCUUCGCCGAGCAGAUGGAUAUGUACCAGUCGAUGGGCGUCAUCUCCCUGGGCCAGGGCCAGGGCCCGAAGGCCAUCAAGCUGGUCGACGCGGCCUGCAAGCAGGGCACCUGGGUGCUGCUGCAGAACUGCCACCUGUACAAGACCUUCAUGCCGACUCUCGAGAAGAUGUGCGAGGGCUUCGAGGAGUCCAACGCCAUCCACAAGGAUUUCCGCCUCUUCCUCACCAGCAUGCCGGCCGCCUAUUUCCCCGUGCCAGUGCUGCAGAACGGCAUCAAGCUCACGAUAGAGCCUCCGAAGGCGGGCGCUGACGAAAGCAACAUCUACAUCUACACCGACAUCUACAUUUACAUCUACACCUGCAUCUACAUCUACAUCAAUAUCAACAGCGAUACUCACAUCUACAUCUAA